AUGGGGGGCGAGUUGCGCAAGCUUACCGAACAGGACAGGUCGAUGGUCUACCACGCGCGGAAGAUCAAGGAGUUGGAGGAUGCUUCGGCUUCGGCGGCUCCGCAGCAGCAUCCUCCUUCGCUGGCGGAUGCGAGCUUCGACCGCGUACCCGACGGCAUCAUCCUACGCGUCUGCGUUGAGGCUAUCGUUCCUCGCGACACCGUCCUGCAGCUCCUCACCUCAUAUUUGGUGGAGUUCGGAACUGCCGCGGAGAGGUUUGAGUUCAAGGGGCCCCAGGUGGCCGGGCAGGUCACCGCUCAGUGCAAGGACCAGCUUGGCGUUGCUGGGCGUCUGGUCCUUCGUGUCCUCGGCUCUCUUCGUCUUAACGACAGCUGGGUCGCCUUCGCCGUCCCGCUGCCCACGCGUGGCACUGCGAGGCUUCACAUCUCCGCUGACAAGCCUCGGAGGCGGGUCUCCACCUGGACGGCCUGCAAGCGUGCGGAGGCCUGCCUCGAGCACGCCAACCCUGGAGAAGCCUGCGCCGACCGCGAGCGGGGGGUCAUCAUGUACCAGGACUUGGAGAUUUGCCGCUUGGAGCCCAC